CUCUACUAUUGGUGAAUAACAAUCGAUCCAGUAUGUGACCGACAUGCUCGUUCCCAUGCAAAACAACAUGAACACAACAUCUUUUUUAAUCCUGUCCUGAUGGAACUCUUUUGUCAAUCGUGUGUUGACUGGCUUGGUGGUACGGAAAGUGAUCCUGCUGAACAAUAUCAAACACACUUGAUUAUAAAUCAGUGGUUGCCAAUGAUACAUGAAACGUCUGGUCAACAACAGCAAGCAUUGAUUUUACAACAACAACGACGGUAUGAAAGGUAUCUCCGCUGGCGAGAUACACCUCAACAGAUCAUGAAGGAUCCUCUUGGAUAUGUAUUCAUCACAGCAUCAUGGGUGGCUCAAUGGGAACGCUUUGUAGAAGGCUGGAGCAUCCACCCACCUUCCAUCACUAUCGACAAUCAUCUCUGGCGACGCUUGAUCAAGGACUGUGAUAAACCAUCUAUCAGCUUCAGUCCGCCUUCUUCCUUCUCACCUACUGAUCUAGUCAUCCUCUCUCAUCAUACUUGGUCCUAUCUAGCUCACACUUAUUCGAUCAUUGGCCCAUGUAUUACAGAAAACGACUUGCAAGGUCUCGAUCUGGACAAGAAAUGGCAGUAUUACAAGUCUCGUUUAUGUAAUUAGGCAAUUCUAUCAUUUAUUAUCAUUUUUAGUUUAGUUAGUAUAGGUUUUUUUUUCUUUCUCUCUAUUCAAUAUGAAUUGAUGUAUCAAAUAAAAAAAAAAAAUGAAAUAACAAUUGUUGGUUUUUG